AUGGGAAUAGUUGGGCUGCCCAAUGUCGGGAAGUCGGCAUUGUUUAACACUCUUACCAAGCAAGAUAUACCAUCCGAGAACUACCUUUUCUGUACCAUCAAACCGAAUGAAGCUCGAGUGAAUGUUCCGGACGAGCAAUUCAAAUGGCUUUGUCAGCUCUACAAGCCGAAGAGCGAGGUUUCAGCAUUUCUCGAUAUCAUUGAUCUUCUAGGACUUGUGCUAGGCGCGCACAAAGGACGAGGGAGGGGGAACAAUUUUCUGUCUCAUAUCCGUGAAGUCGAUGGAAUCUUUCAUGUUUUAUGUGCUUUUGAAGAUGCUGAUAUUGUUCAUGCCGAUGACUUUGUGGACCCUGUGAGGGAUCUACAUGUUAUAUCUUCCGAAUUGCGCCUCAUUGGUCAGUUUGACAUCAAGUUCAUGGAAAGGAGGAUUGAGGAACUGAAAAAGAGCAUGAAGAGGAGCAAUGACAAGCAGCUUAAAGUCGAGCAUGAGUUAUGCCAAAGGGUCAAAGCUUCUCUGGAUGAGGGCAAAGACGUGCGUAUGGUGGACUGGAACGCUGCGGAUGUUGAGAUCCUCAAUAAUUUUCAGCUGCUCACUGCAAAAGCUGUAGUAUAUUUGGUAAACAUGAAUGAGCACGAUUAUAAAAGCAAGAUGAACAAGUUUCUUCCAGAUAUCCACGCGUGGGUACAAGAGCAUGGUGGUGAAACUAUAAUUCCUUUCAGUUGUGCCUUGGAGAGGUAUCUUGCUGAUAUGUCCCGAGAUGAAGCUGCUAAAUAUUGUGAAGAGAAUAUGAUUGAAAGGUUUGUCUAA